AUGACAUCUACGAACCAUUCUCUGAAUGAUGCCCUUCUCACCGGACCGGUGAUCCAGGACGAACUCUUCGACCUCAUACUUCGAUUCCGUAAAUACGCUGUGGCGCUGGUCGCUGAUGUGGAGAAAAUGUACCGACAAAUCCGCAUACACCCGGAAGAUACUUCUCUACAGCGGAUUUUAUGGCGCUUUAAUCCAUCAGAACCUGUUAAAAUCUACGAACUUCAGACUGUUACCUAUGGUUUGGCUCCCUCAUCUUUUCUCGCAACCCGAGUGCUAAAGCAGAUCGCGAUGGAUUUUGAAGGUAUAUACGAAACCGGCGCGCAAGCUGUUUCGGAAGAUAUCUACAUGGAUGAUUUUAUUUCCGGGGCAGAUUCUAUUGAGAAGGCUAUAAAGCUGCGUGACGAAGUUCAGUCACUGAUGUCAGAAGGCGGCUUUCAAUUGAGGAAGUGGAGUUCGAAUCGACGGGAAGCACUGAAGGAUUUACCAUCAGAGGUACUAGACGAAGCAACCAUGCUUCAUUUUGAGUCGGAUCAAAGGGUAAAGACUCUAGGAGUUGCAUGGAAGCCAGUACCAGAUGAGUUCUGCAUCGACGUACAACUAGUAGAUCAUGAUGGGCAUUGGACUAAACGGAAAAUCUUUUCGGCGAUCGCGAAACUUUAUGAUCCUUUGGGGCUAGUGUCUCCUGUUGUAUCUUGGGCCAAGAUUCGACUACAGAAUCCAUGGUUAGCAUCUAUUGGCUGGGACGAUCCAGUUCCGCAGGAAAUCGUGUCACAAUGGUCGGAUUUCUAUACGCACAUCUGUUGCAAGAAUUCAAGGUGCCCCGUUUCUUAUUUCUACCAGAUAUGCCAACGAUCCAGUUUCACGUUUUCUGCGAUGCAUCAGAAGUCGGAUACGAUACGGAUAGAAACAUCUAUGCUCGAUCCACCGGCAAGUCAAGGUGGAGUUAAUCGCGUCGAAAUCCCGCGUAGCACCACUGAAACGACUUUCGUUACCACGGAUGGAGCUGUUUGCUGCACUGUGGAGGGCUAA